AUGGCACCAAGGGUAUGCGAUGGUGCAAUAAUUAUCCUGGAUAUUGGAAAGAACGUCUCCCAAAAAGAAGAAAAAGACGAGAAGAGUUUCUUCAUUGAAGCAAGGGAAUUUGUCAGCCGAUUAAUCGAACGAAAAAUUCUGAGUCAGGGGAAGAACCUCGUUGGGUUACUACUGCUGGGGUCUAAGAAAACUCACAAUAGAAUGGCAGAAGAGUGUGAUGAUGCUUUUCGCCACUUAGAUAUGAUAUUAGAACUGCAAGAACCAACAUGGGAAAUGAUACGAAAUUUACCUGAAACACCAUCUAAAUCUAGAGGAGAUUGGAUUGAAGCAUUAAUAGUAGCAGCUGACCAUUUUAAAAAUGGUAUCAGUGGCAUUAAAUUUACCUCCAAGAAAAUCAUAUUGGUUACAAAUUUCAUGUCAGCGACCUGCCUUGAUGGUAGUGACAUUGAGCAGGUGAUGAAUGGUUUCAAGGAGGACGACUUUGAAUUGGAUGUUAUUGGUCCUGAUCUCUCAGACAACUCACUGAAGGGAGAAGAUAUUGAAAUGGCAAAAAAAUUUAUUGAAACAACUAAUGGGGCUACAGCAUCUUUUAAAGAUGCUAUGAGAUAUCUGCUCUUUCAUAAAAAGAAAGUAGUGAAUUCAAUGCCAUGGAAUGUGGACUUGUCAAUUGGACCCAACAUCAAAAUACCAGUUUCAUCAUAUAUUAGACUGAAAGAUGAACCUGCAGUCAAUAAAUGGAUGAAGGCAGUGAAAGAUCCUGUUACCCUUACGUCAAGUACCACAGAGGCUAUCAUUAAAAACAAAAUACACAUGAAUACUGAAAACCAAACAGUAGUUAAUCAUGACGCUGUUAUAUCUGGUUACCAUUAUGGGCAGCAAAUUAUUCCUUUUACAGAGUGUGAUAAGUCUUUGCUGUACAAUUCUGGAGAAAAAUGCUUGUCGCUAUACGGAUUCACACACUCUUCAAACAUUAGCUGGCAAAAUUUACGUGGUGAUGGUUUGUCUUAUGUUUUUGGAAGAAAAGGAGAUAAAAAAGCUCAACACACUAUAAGAUGUCUUGUUGAAUGCCUCCAUGAGAUGAAUCUUGUUGGUCUAGUACGUAGAGUAUAUAACAAAGGCUGUGCACCUAAAAUGUAUGCACUUAUGCCUGUGAUAGACAAUGAUAAUUAUAUAUGCCUAUCUAUGGCAGAGGUGUGUUAUAGUGAUGAAAUAAAGUAUAUGACAUUCCCUAGCACUAACCUCAAGAGAUUUGAAUGCUCCGAUGAAGAAGUAAAUGCUUUUAAAGAUUUAAUUGGUGCAAUGGAUUUAACUAAAGCUUAUGAUGACACAUUUGAUGAUACUGAGGCAUUCCCCAUUGCAGAAACUGUGAGUCCAGCUGUCCAAUAUGUCUUAGACUGCAUUGCCUUUAGAGCUAUGAAUCCAGGUAAACCUCUGCCAAAACCUAGGGAUGACAUAAUGAUGCUUUUCAAAGUACCUCCAUUAGUUGAAAAAAGAUCUAGGGAGCCAUUGGAAAAGUUAAAAAAUAUGUUUUCUUUGGUCAAAAUUCAAAAGAAAAGAAAACAGGAAGUCAAGCAUACUGUUACUGAAGAUAAAACUGCUCAAAAUGAUGAAAAACCAAAUGGUCAUGUAUUAGAAGACAAGAUACCUUUAAUUAAGCUUCCAGUUGCAAACCCUACUCUUGUUACAAAAAUUGGAACAAAUACUCCAGUAGAUGACUUCAAAACACUUGUUGAUAAUGGCAAAACUUUAACAGAUUUAUCAAUAGGAAUGACAGAUGCAAUAGAGAAUCUUGUGUAUUGUAAUUUGGAUGGCACAUACAGUAAAGCUUUAACAACUAUGAAAUUUUUUAGAGCAGAAUGUGUGAAGGCAGAUCCUACUCCUUAUAAUGAUUGGAUAAUUAAAUUUAAAAAAACUCUUAAUGAGCGUAAAAUUGAGGAUGUUAUAGCCUUGAUAUGUAGCAAUCAGUUAGAUCUUAUUCUGAAGGAAGAAAAUAAUUUGAGCACUUACGACAAUCUAAAUAGUUGUGAGAGUCAACUGUAUGAGAAUGAUACUGUACCUGAUGGUACUGAAUUAACUAUAGACCAGGAAAUAAAUGAUUUGUUUGAUGAAAUGUGA